AUGUCAACCGAUGGAGGGCUUGGAAAGCUCCAAGCCUUCUGUGUUGCUGCUUGCGAGCGGGAUUUCCUAUGGGCGUGGAGCGACACGUGUUGCAUAGACAAAGAUAGCAGCGCGGAGUUGCAAGAAGCGAUAGGAUCGAUGUUUGCGUGGUAUCGACGGUCCGCCCUGACCAUCGUUUACCUUGCUGACACUCCCAAUACUGGCUCGUUUGGAAGCAGUGAAUGGUUUGGACGUGGGUGGACCCUCCAAGAACUACUGGCACCUCCAAUCCUACUAUUCUUCACUCAAAACUGGUCGCUUUAUAAGAACCUCACGUCUUCAAACCAUAAAACCGAUGUCACUGUGCUGGAAGAACUGGAGAAGGUGACCGGAAUAGAGUCCCGUUUUCUCGCCAACUUUUCCCCGGGUGUGGAUGACGCCCGUUCGAGACUCCAAUGGGCAUCGAAGCGUUCUACCACUCGACCUGAGGAUAUCGCCUAUUCACUUUUCGGGAUCUUUAACCUGCACCUACCCAUUUUGUAUGGGGAAUCUGCUGAAAACGCACUUGGCCGGCUUCUAGCGGAAAUUACAUCGCAGUCUGGGGACAUCUCUAUCUUAGAUUGGAUCGGAGAGGCGUCAUCAUUUCAUUCCUGUUUCCCUGCCCACAUCACUUCGUACCAGACGCCACCAUCGUCUCCACCCCUACACGCAGAAGAGUCAUCGCCGAUGAGUCAGCUGCCCGCGACGUCCAGAGCAUUGCGAAGCGGUUCAGCCGCAAGGGGGGGAUUCGUCGGCACUAAGUCAUACGUACAAGAUCCAGGCAUCUGGUCUGAGGCCACUCGAAAUCACACUGCCAGACAAACUAGAGGAUGCAGCGAUGGAGCAAGGCGCUCUGCAGGUUGUUCGUCCUUGGCACUCAAAAUUGCUUGACCUGCCAGGCAAGCUAGAUGCAAUGGCUGAGGAGCAGCUGAUUUUCACGCUGAGGAGGCCAUUUAACGCUCUUCUGUUGAUGCGACUACCUCACAACGAGUACAAAAGGAUCGCGUCUUCUACCCUCGUUUCUGUUCAGCUUGUGGACUCUCCUAGUGUUCUG